AUGGACUGUCUCUUGUUUCUCUUGCUUCCAGGAGUCCUGAUUUUGUGCAAGGCUCAUUCAGUGGGGGAACCCAUUAUUUGCACUUCCUGUGAUGAAUAUGUUGACAAUACCUGCACAAGAAACUUGGGGGUCUGUCAAUCCAGAUAUCCUGACUUUGCAUGCCAAACUAAAGAAGUAUACAUUCAACUUGCCACUGGAGAAUAUCUGUACAAACAUUCUGUUCUGGGCUGCCCAAGAAGAUGUGUGGAGUACGUGCGCUUCAUCGAGUUUGAGAAAAACAUCUUCUCCUGCUGCAAUGAAAGCCACUGCAACAGGUUUCCAGAAGGAGAUACUAAAUUCAAAAAAAAAUAA